AUGGAGACAAUCCGGUUGCUCAUUGUACAAGCGGCACAAUUUAAAUGGUCGAUAUUUCAAAUGGAUGUCAAGUUGGCAUUCUUGAAUGGUGUGCUCGAAGAAGAAGUAUACAUCGAAAAACCAUCCGGGUACAUAAAAAAUAGAGAAGAGAAGAAUGUGCUGAAAUUGAAGAAGGCACUUUACGAGUUGAAGCAAGCACCGCGGGCAUGGAAUACUCGUAUCGAUACAUACUUCAAGGAGAACGGGUUCAAACAAUUUCCUUAUGAACAUGCCCUCUACGUGAAGAAGAAUGGAGGUAAUAUGUUAUUUGUUGCUCUUUAUGUCGAUGACCUCAUUUUUAUGGGGAACAAUGGUGAGAUGAUACUAGAUUUUAAGAACAAAAUGACACAAGAAUUCGAGAUGACAGAUUUGGGUUUACUGAAGUUUUUCCUUGGUUUGGAGGUUAGACAAGAAAAGACAGGUAUUUUUGUGUCACGGGAGGCAUAUGCAAAGGAAAUUUUGAAGAAGUACAAUAUGGCACAUUGCAACCCAGUAUCAACACCAAUGGAACCAGGUGUAAAACUCUCGAAAUUCGAUAGAGGAGAACGAGUCGACGCAAGCAAAGAUAGAAAAAGCAUGCAACAAAGAAUCGUCUCGUUCUCUAAAGUUUAUGUGAAUAGCAUCGUGUAUUGGUUAAUGUCUCAUUUGUCAGCUUGUUACUGGAAGAGCAUAAGCAAAGAAGCGACGUGGGAAGCACCAAAAGGUGGCGAAAGAGGCCACUGGUCAACCCCUCACAUCCCUAAAAACAGAUUAAAACACACACACCCCACAACCAUUUCCUGUCUUCACAUUGGACCAUUUCCAACCAAACCAAUUUCACUAGUCGAAAAUAGUUGCGAAUUACAACACCGAUAUUUCUGCUACCUCUUUUGCAUCUUGCUCUAUCUACUUUUUCCUCUACCUUUCAUCUUUGUUUUCCUUUUCCCUACAACCCUCUUCUUUAGCUUAGCCUUACCCCUGGAAAUGAAUCACAACCCUGACAAGUCUUCGAGUUUUAAGAGCAGAGACCAUGACCAUAAGAACUCGGUGCCACGGGCAGAGUCCCUCAAGAGUUCCAAGGAAAAGGACCCUGCUGCAGCUGACAAGAAUGAAACUAAUGAACAAGGAGGCGAAGCAAAGGAAGCUGAGAUAAAAUACACCUUGGAAAAAGCUUGGGAGGACAUUCAACAUUUCUUGUCGGGGGAGGAGGGUCUAGAGAUUCCAGACAUCAUUGACAAGUAUUUGGAUCUCGUUGAACACAAAGUAUCUAGGCUUGAAGUGCCUGAAAAGUCCAAGGGGUGUCCUGUUCCUGAUCCUGAGGAUGAUGGGUGGUUUCAUAAAGUUGUGGAGCAGAUGUCUAAGCUGCAUAGUCAUGUUUCCACAGUCUUCAAAUCGGAUUCCAGUCGGGGUCCUUUAAUCAACCGCAUUGGGAGGAUUCACCAACGAGUUAUGAGUUAUUUGGAGGAUGAGUUCAGGGUUCUCCUGGAAGAGUCGAGAACCGUAGAGGCUGCUGCAGAUCAAAGCCCUGACGCUGGUCAGGAUCAAGCAAAAGAGGAGCCCAACUUUCCAGGGUAUUCUAAGCAAGUUUUGGCCACCUUGAAUAAAAUUUCCAAGCUGAUGAUUUCGGGGGGAUAUGAGUUUGAAUGCUACGAGGUGUACAUGGUCACCAGGAGGAAUACAAUUGAGGAGACCUUGAACAAGCUAGGAUUCGAGAAGAUUAGUUUGGAUGACAUACAAAGGAUGCAAUGGGAAGCAAUGGAAAGGGAGAUCCCUCCAUGGGUCAGGGCCUUCAAAGAAUGUGCUAAUAUCUACUUCUCCGCGGAGCACAAGCUCGCCCAAACCAUCUUCUCCGACAACCCUUCUGUAGCUAAAAGCCUCUUUGCCAACCUCAUCCGUGUCCUAUUUCUUCAGCUCCUCAAUUUCGCUGAAGCUAUUGCCCUUAGCAAGCGUUCCACCGAGAAACUCUUCAAAUUUCUUGACAUCUAUGAGACCUUGCAAGAUCAUUCUUCCGCCAUUGAUAGUCUGUUUCCUGAAGAAUGCGCCAAAGAGCUCAAGGCAGAGUUAACGGCGACUCGGAGCAAGAUUGGCGAAACCGCGAUUUGCAUUUUUUGUGAUCUUGAGAAUUCAAUCAAGUCUGAUACAGGGAGAACCCCAGUUCCUGGAGGGGCAGUUCAUCCUUUAACUCGCUAUACAAUGAAUUAUCUCAAAUAUGCAUGUGAUGAGUAUAAGGACACCUUGGAGCAAGUUUUCAAGGAACAUUCAACGAGCAAGCCUCGGGAUUACCAAGGCAAUUCUCAGAGCAACAAUGAUGAAAAUCAAUCCCCAUUUUCAAGGCAUUUGAUAAAAAUAAUGGACUUGUUGGACUCCAUUCUAGAGGCAAAGUCUAAGCUUUACAAGGACGUGGCCUUGAGCAAUAUUUUCAUGAUGAACAAUGGACGCUACAUAUUGCAGAAGAUCAAAGGGUCUCCGGAGAUCCACCAAGCAAUGGGGGAUGACCGGUAUAAGAAGAGAUCAUAUGAACUUAGGAACUACCAUCAGAGUUACAAGAGAGAGACUUGGAUGAAGCUCUUAGAUUGUUUAAACAUGGAGGGGCUGAACGUGAACGGCAAGGUGGUGAAACCAGCGCUGAAAGAGAGAUUCAAGAGCUUCAACGCCAUGUUCGAAGAAAUUCACAGGACCCAAAGCUCGUGGGUGGUGUCCGAUAAGCAAAUGCAAUCAGAGCUGAGGGUUUCCAUAGCAGGUGUGAUUAUACCAGCAUACAGAUCCUUCUUGGGAAGGUUCUCGGGAUACUUGACCCCUGGAAGACAAACAGAGAAGUACAUUAAGUUCCAGCCUGAAGAUAUAGAGGCUUAUAUUGAAGGACUGUUUGAUGGAAGCACUAGUUCCAUGCCAAGGAGGAAAACAUAAUUGAGAAAUCAUUAAAGAAAAGAAAAUUCAGCCCUUUUUGUUUUCUAUCAAGAAAACCAAAUCAAGGUGGUGAGGAUUUGGGAGCUCUUUUCUCUUCUUUUUUGUUGUUGCUUUUAGGGGGCUAAGAUGCUUGAAUUAGAUGUGCAUGUGCCACCAUAGUAACGAAACACGCAAUGUGGUGAUUAGCAGGUAUACAAUAAUUUUGCUCUUUUCUUCCAAAUUCAUUGAACCUACUCCAACUUUAUGAUUUUGGUCCAUGUAAUUUCUUCUUGCAUUUUUCAGAACCUUUUUCAGUAUUCGUAUGAGGAACAUGAUUUUGAUUGUAACCUUUUUUCCUUCGUGAUUUUGAUUUGUGUAGCUUCAAUUACUUUUUUAAUAAAAGAGGAGCUCAAACCCUA